AUGGAGGCAUCCGUGACAACAAAUGAAAUUACUGCUGAACCAGCUGCAAAUCAAAUGCAACUUUCUAAUGAGUAUGCAAGCAGUCGGUUUUCCUUAGCAGUGGCUGAGAAGGUUGGAAACAGAAGUCAAGAAGGCAGUGAAAGUCGUGACGUGGUUGAUCACUGGGGUCAGAGUGUUCUUCAACUUUCAAUUGUAGGCCUUGGAGGGUCCCGGGGAAGUUUCGGUAAUUUUUCCAUUGCUUCGGAGUUACUUUCGCUUGGGGAACGCAACGAGGAGGAGCAAUCUGUGAUGCAGCAACGAGCGCCUCUCACAAAUCCGGUUGGUGAAGUCGUGCAUGCGACGAGUGGCGCGCGGGGGUUUGCGUUUUCCCCAGUCCAACGAAUUCCCUCAGGUGUUUCUCAAAGAAACGAGGCGUCAAUUGGGUAUAAUGAUGACAUUAGUCGUUCUUCCUCGUGCUCGUCCGGUAGUGAAGUGAUGAGACAGGAGAUGCGUCGUGGUGGCGUUCAAAGAACCGAAGUGAAAUUGCAUCUUUCGCAUUCAAAUGCUGACGUUGAUGCUGAGGAGGAAGAUAUAUCGACAAUCAGGGCAACACCAACAGGUGGUGCGGUAGACACAUUAAAUGAGUUGUAUGGUAUUGAUAGAUAUUUCACUUUUCACUACAACCCUGAGAGAGUGGUUACGCCAAUCGAUUGUGGUGAUCAAUGCAGCGGUGGAGGCAGUGGUGUUUCCACAGUCGCCACCGCUGCAGGAUUGGAGAGUCAACGUGAAAGUGACGAUAAUAGGGUCGCUAUGACCCAUGAAGAAGAUGAGAUUGUGGGCGUGACGGCGGAAGGCGAAUUUAUUUACCGCCGUGAUAUUGUUGAGGGGCCAGACCGGCAGCGAUGGCAGUCAUUUUACCAGCCUAUAAACAGACGGUCCAGUGAGCUCGGCGUUAACGAGUGCGUGCCAUCCCUCAUUCCCUCUAUGACCAUUAAUUCUGCACCAACAAGAGUUGAGUCAGGUCCUGCAACCACUACAGAGCCUUACCCUCAGGAUCAGUACAAUAACCGCUUUCACCCGCUUCAAAGUUUCGAACGGGUUGCCACUCAACUUCCGCAUCUUUCCCGUGAAGCACCUCACGAGGGAUUUACUGAGCGUGAGAGUGAGUGGACAGAAGAAGAAAGGGAGUCUUACCGGCUACUGAUGCGGUACCGCCUGUGCGAAAAUGAGGAAGAAUUUGAAUACGAGAAACUUCUCAAUUCUGUGAGCACCUUGCGUGAAACUCUCCACCGGAAACCUAUCGAAAUGCUGCAACGGCGCCUUGAGGAAAGGCAGCAAUUCGCCCGCUCAGGACUUGGAAUGCCGCUUGCGCUCCGUUGGUGA